GAUUCAAGUUUGUUAAUUAACCUAGUUUAGACCUACAAUCGUAAAAAAGUGAGAUAAAAGUUUGUGGAAUAACGAAAGUAACGGUGAUCGUAGAAAUAAUGUCCACAAAAAUGCGCGUUAUACGAUUUUUGUGGUUUCUUGUAUUCGUGGGGUCUACUUGCUGUGCGCCACUAGAUACAACAGCCGAAGACCAGGAGUUAAAUGAUCCAAUUGCUAGUCCACUCGAGCAAGCCGGUGGCUAUUUUCAAGGUGACAUAAUUUUAACAGCAGCUCAAGAAGAUACCCUUAAAACCGGCAAAACUUCCUUGAUCGGUGCAACCUACCGAUGGCCGAGUAACACCGUGUAUUAUACAAUCGAUACCAACGCGUUCACACUGUUCCAACUGAAUUCCAUCAAAUCAGCGUUACAGCAAAUUAUGCUCAUUAGUUGUGUGAAGUUUGUUGAGCGUACCACUCAAACGGAUUACGUUAAGGUGACGGGCCAGUACACCGGUUGCUGGUCCCAUCUGGGCCGUCGUGGAGGAAUGCAAAACGUGAACUUACAGCCAAACGGAUGCAUGAGCCGCGGCACCAUUAUGCACGAGUUCCUGCACACGUUGGGAUUCGUCCAUAUGCAGAGUGCUUCGGAUCGUGAUUUCUACGUACAAAUCAAUUGGUCCGCUAUUCAAGCGGGCAAGGAGAGUAACUUUGACCGGUACUCAUCUGCCAUAAUUGACGAUUUUGGUGUUCCCUAUGACUACGAUAGUGUCAUGCAUUACGGAGCAACAGCGUUCAGUACUUCUUCAGCCGCCACGAUUAUUCCGUACGAAAGUGGAGUCACCAUCGGCCAGCGAGUCGGUAUGAGCUACAAGGACAUCAAACGCUUGAAUCUGCUGUAUCCUGAUUGUGGCUAAAUGAUUGGUGAAACAACGGUUGCUUCCAUAACGACGAAAUGAUUGUAUAAAGCUAUCGAUCAAAAGAUUGCAAUUUUAAUUCGUGAUUUCCUUCAAAUACGUGCCGUUUCCGAUUCUGAACUUCUUUCAGAUUUUUUAAAUACAACAAUAAUAACGUACACACUUAAUUUAUUUCGGCAUAUUUCCCAACAGCUGAUUGAGCUCGGCGAAGUUUUUAACAAAUGUCAGCAAUAUAUUUCGACGAACAUUCAGCAAAUAUAUCGAUUUACCGUAAACCAGCAAGUAUUGACAUUUUAUUUGCCGAAGUUCUUGGGAAUUCUGCCGAAAAUUUGUAGAACAUUUCGCUGAAUUUAUCAGCUGUUUAGCUCUCGGCAAUAAGUUUUAGUGUGUAAGUGAAGUUCUCAACAAUUACAGCAAUUAUAGAUUGUCAACUACUAUUUAAAAAUAAACAGAGAGAAAAGCUUUAUAGAUUCUUAGAUUUUUUUAACUUCUUAGAAUACUGUGAUGUAAGAAACCCAAGAAAUUUCAGAAAAUAUAUAAGAACAUGCAAAACUAUUCAAAAGACCAUAUUACAAAUCCUUUUUUCUAUUUUAAAAGUAUAAGCAGUAGUUAGUAUAAACUAACAAAUCAAACGCGACAGUAGGGCUAUGUCGAAAAAAAAAGAAUCAAGCAAACAGUGUUUUAGUUCGGUUUUGGAAAACUAAAGAUGAAAAACAAGUCUGAAGAAAGGAAUGAAAAAUGCAUCGGAUAGUAGAACAGCUUUCG